CGUCCCGUAAUAUUUUCAAGCGCUAACUGGGCUCGACCGCCUCAUAAUAAUCAUACGAUUGUCAAUGGGUUGGUGAUUCAAUGACAUGCCACUAAUAGCCCGCUUUUUUCUCCCUCUUAUUUUCUUUUUCGUCUUGGGAGGCGUAAGACAGAAUAUCGAAAUCGUCAAUUUAGUCAGACGAGACGAGAAUAGUUCGGGUCUAAUAGUUCGAGCAUGGCCCUACCAUACCAGCUCAGCAGGAAUGGGGGGUUUUUUUUCUCUCUCUUUCUUUCUUACUUGAUUCAGCAUAGUACACAGGGUUUUAUUCCUGUAUAUAAGAUGCACUUGAAUCUGGUGGUGAGUGAGAAGUUAGCUAGCUAGAUACCUACUAUUAAGAUACAAUAUCACCAAAUUCAAUCAAGAUUUUUUUAUAUCAAACACACACAAAUACAAAGAUAAUGCAGGGUGAUAUCUUUCAGAUGGAACGAAUGAACACCCAAAUUCAGGCCCCUCAUUUGGAACCCAUCCCUGUCUCUGACAGCAAUACAAACCCUCAGGUCGCUAUUUAUAAUGAAGACGAUCUUUCACACCUCCUCUACGUCAACCACUUGCACCACAACCACCAUGGUGGUAAGGUUUUCAUCAAUCAUGUCUAUCGUGAUGGGUACUCUACGCCGUUAGAGUCGCUGCCGACAGGCACGCAGACCCCUGUGUCAGAGACCAACGAAACUCCAAUCCUAAGCGACUGCGAGUCCGACUUCGAUGAAGGUGUGUACUUACCAUCGCUAUCGAGCACCUAUUCCCGGGGCAGUCCUCUGGGAUUUGAAGAUGGUUUCGAAUUUCCCGUCUUCCUCGGCAGACAAGCAGAAGAACCAUCGCCGCCUAUCGUGCGAUCGGACCCGGUAUCCAAGCUAAGCCCGGGCCUCGGGUACCAGCGUAAACAUGAUCAAGCAGCAGCACCGAAAGUCAAUCAUGUGUCGGACAUCUCUGGACCAUUGAUGUCAUGGUGGCCUGAGCCACCGGAGUUAAUGGAGCACCAGUGGGCCGAAGAGAAGAUCGUCAAAAGUGAAGAACCUAAAGCGAUGCCGGUAGAACAACAUGUCUCAAGAAUCGAAGGACCUUUAAUGUCCUGGUGGCCGACUCCAGUAAAAUACCUGGAGUAUGAAUGGGACGAGAGGUUCUACGAAUGAAGAAAGUGGGAUAAGGCAAAUGUAUAGUGGUUCGGCGUUUGCAUUCGGCAUGGUUUAUGGCGCGUCUAAGAUACCCUGGCAUAUUGAAUUCCUUUUUAUCUGCUGUAUUUUCGUUAUGUAUGGAGUUCAGAAGAUUCCAGGGUCGGCGACAAUAAAUCAUUGCCUUAGGUAGUGGGUUUCACAAAAUUGUUUUUCUCCGCGGCAAAUACAAAAACGAAAAAAAGAGAGGGAG